AUGUUGUCAAUCCUACGCAAGGCCCGAUUAAAGGAUAAGGAGAUGAGGAUAUUAAUGCUCGGACUCGACAAUGCGGGCAAGACCACCAUCGUCAAGCGCAUUAUGGACGAGGACAUCACCACCGUCAGCCCCACGCUAGGGUUCAUCAUCAAGACCAUCGAUUUCAAUGGAUACAAACUCAACAUCUGGGAUGUCGGCGGCCAGAGAACCCUCCGUUCCUACUGGAAAAACUACUUUGAAAAGACCGACACGCUGGUCUGGGUCGUCGACGCCACUGACCGCCUGCGCGUUGACGAUUGCCGUCAGGAGCUAGCGGGUCUGCUCCUGGAAGAGGUAGGAGAGCAUCCCAUCUACCACAUGCAAUCUCUGAACAAGCACACUGAUGCAUUUGGACGCAUACAGCGGCUCAUGGGGGCCAGUCUUCUAGUCUUCCUCAACAAAACCGACGUGGAAGAGUGCAUGACCGAGGAGGAGGUCCGAGAGCGACUGGGCUUGGAUUUGAUCGUAACCCAUAAAUGGACCAUUCUGCCCUGCAGUGCGAUGACGGGCAAGAAUCUGAAAGAAGGGUUGGCGUGGGUGGUACAGGACGCCAAAGACCGGCUUUUCCUCUACUGA